CCCGCGGCGCGCGCGCUGGCCCGGCAGCAUGGCGGCGGCGGGCGCCCCUCCGCCGGGUCCGCCGCAACCUCCGCCGCCGCCGCCGCCUGAGGAGUCGUCAGACAGCGAGCCCGAGGCCGAGCCCGGCUCCCCGCAGAAGCUCAUCCGCAAGGUGUCCACUUCGGGCCAGAUCCGCCAGAAGACCAUCAUCAAAGAGGGGAUGCUGACCAAACAGAACAAUUCAUUCCAGCGAUCGAAAAGGAGAUACUUUAAACUUCGAGGACGAACACUAUAUUAUGCCAAAACUGCAAAGUCCAUCAUAUUUGAUGAGGUGGACCUGACAGAUGCCAGUGUGGCCGAGUCGAGCACCAAGAAUGUCAACAACAGCUUCACGGUCAUCACUCCCUGCAGGAAGCUCAUCCUGUGUGCAGACAACAGGAAGGAGAUGGAGGACUGGAUUGCAGCACUCAAGACCGUGCAGAGCAGGGAGCAUUUUGAGCCCACCCAGUACAGCAUGGACCAUUUCUCAGGGACGCAUAACUGGUACGCCUGUUCCCACGCACGACCGACCUACUGCAACGUGUGCCGGGAGGCCCUGUCGGGGGUCACAUCCCAUGGGCUGUCCUGCGAAGUAUGCAAAUUCAAGGCCCAUAAACGCUGUGCUGUGCGAGCAACCAACAACUGCAAGUGGACCACGCUGGCUUCGAUCGGGAAGGACAUCAUCGAGGAUGAGGAUGGGAUCGCCAUGCCACACCAGUGGCUGGAAGGGAACUUGCCAGUGAGUGCCAAGUGCACAGUGUGUGAGAAGACGUGCGGCAGCGUGCUGCGCCUACAGGACUGGCGCUGCCUGUGGUGUAAGGCAAUGGUGCAUACGUCAUGUAAGGAGUCCUUGAUGACCAAGUGCCCACUCGGCCUGUGCAAGGUGUCUGUCAUCCCUCCCACUGCACUCAACAGCAUUGACUCUGAUGGGUUCUGGAAGGCCACCUGUCCCCCAUCUUGUACAAGUCCUCUGCUGGUCUUUGUCAAUUCUAAAAGUGGGGACAACCAGGGUGUGAAGUUCCUUAGAAGAUUCAAGCAGCUGUUGAACCCUGCGCAGGUCUUCGACCUCAUGAACGGAGGACCACACCUUGGCUUGCGGUUAUUCCAGAAGUUUGACACCUUCCGGAUUCUGGUUUGUGGCGGGGAUGGCAGCGUUGGCUGGGUCCUCUCUGAAAUCGACAGCCUCAAUCUCCACAAGCAGUGUCAGCUGGGAGUACUGCCCCUGGGGACAGGGAACGACCUGGCCCGAGUGCUUGGCUGGGGUGCGGCCUGUGAUGAUGACACUCAGCUCCCCCAGAUCUUGGCGAAGCUGGAGAGGGCCAGCACAAAGAUGUUGGACAGGUGGAGUGUCAUGGCAUAUGAGACCAAGCUUCCCCGGCAGACCUCCUCCUCCACUGUCACCGAAGACUUCAGCGAGGACUCCGAGGUACUGCUCACUGGACCUGGCUGCUCUGCAGAGGAGUUGGCUGCCGCCCUGCAGGGUCACGGCUGGGCGCUGCUCACACCAGGGCUUUCCCAGGUGCAGCAGAUCCUCUUCUAUGAAGACUCAGUUGCGGCCCACCUUUCUAAGAUCCUGACCUCAGACCAGCACUCGGUGGUGAUCUCAUCAGCUAAGGUGCUCUGUGAAACGGUGAAGGACUUCGUGGCCCGAGUGGGCAAGGCCUAUGAAAAGACAACAGAGAGCUCGGAGGAGUCGGAGGUCAUGGCCAAGAAGUGCUCAGUCCUGAAGGAGAAGCUGGACUCACUCCUCAAGACCUUGGAUGAUGAGUCCCAGGCCUCUUCCUCUCUGCCCAAUCCGCCACCUACCAUCGCCGAGGAGACCGAAGAUGGUGAUGGGGCAGGCAACGUCUGCGGCUCUGCUGGGGACCGCCUGGUGGGCCCAACGUGCCCUGCACGACCACAGAUCUUCCGGCCCCGGGAGCAGCUCAUGCUGCGCGCCAACAGCCUGAAGAAGGCGAUCCGCCAGAUCAUAGAGCACACAGAGAAAGCCGUGGACGAGCAGAAUGCCCAGACUCAGGCACAGGAGGGCUUCGUGCUGGGCCUCCCCACCACAGAGGAGAAGAGGGAUCCAAGGAAGGAGGACAAGGCGUGCCCACCACUAGCCCACAGCGAGGGCUGUGGAGUGCCCAAGGGCAGGGGCCACCGCAAAGUGUCCCGGUCCCCCUGUGAAAAGCUGAUGGGCAAAGGGGGUCUGUCUGUGGGCAGCUCUGCCUCUCUUCCUCCCCAGACGGGAAGCCGGGAUGGGCUGCCAGCGCUGAACACCAAGAUCCUGUACCCCAGUGUUCGGGCUGGGAUGUCCGGCUCCUUGCCUGGCGGCUCAGUCAUCAGCCGCCUGCUGCUCAAUGCUGAUCCUUUUAACACCGAGCCAGAACACCUCGAGCUCUACACGGAGAAGUGCGUCAUGAACAACUACUUUGGCAUCGGCUUGGAUGCGAAGAUAUCACUGGACUUCAACAACAAGCGGGAUGAGCACCCGGAGAAGUGCAGGAGUAGGACCAAGAACAUGAUGUGGUAUGGAGUCCUGGGCACCAAAGAGCUGCUGCACAGGACCUACAAGAACCUGGAGCAGAAGGUCUUGCUGGAGUGUGAUGGCCGCCCUAUCCCCCUCCCCAGUCUUCAGGGAAUUGCAGUCCUCAAUAUUCCCAGCUAUGCUGGAGGGACCAACUUCUGGGGCGGCACCAAGGAAGAUGACACGUUUGCCGCUCCAUCAUUCGACGACAAGAUUUUGGAAGUGGUCGCUGUGUUUGGCAGCAUGCAGAUGGCUGUGUCCCGUGUGAUUAAGCUGCAGCAUCACCGGAUUGCCCAGUGUCGCACGGUAAAGAUUUCCAUCCUGGGCGAAGAGGGCGUCCCUGUGCAGGUGGAUGGAGAGGCCUGGAUCCAGCCACCUGGGUACAUUCGGAUUGUCCACAAGAACCGGGCACAGACACUGACCAGAGACAGGGCCUUCGAGAACACUCUCAAGUCCUGGGAGGACAAGCAGAAGUGCGAGCUGCCCCGUCCACCCUCCUUCUCACUGCACCCUGAGAUCCUGUCUGAGGAGGAGGCCAUGCAGAUGGACCAGUUCUGCCAGGCAGCGGGGGUCCUCAUCCACAGCAUUCGGGAGAUAGCGCAGUCCCACCAAGCUGUGGAGCAGGAGCUUGCUCACGCCGUCAACGCCAGCUCCAAGGCUAUGGACCGGGUGUAUGGCAAGGCCAGAACUGCGGAGGGGCUGAACUACAGCUUCGUCCAGGAAAUAGUGAACAACGUCAGAGCUCUGCGCAGUGAGACGGAACUGCUGCUGGCUGGGAAGAUGGCCCUGCAGCUGGACCUCCCUCAGAAGGAGCGGCUUGGAGCUGCCCUCACCGAGAUGGACAGGCAGCUCAGGAAGCUGGCGGACAUGCACUGGCUCUGCCAGCCUGUGGAGCCUGGGGACGAGGAGAAUGUGAUGCUGGAUCUCGCCAAGCGCAGCCGCAGUGGUAAAUUCCGCCUGGUGACCAAGUUCAAAAAGGAGAAGAACAACAAGAACAGAGAGGCCCACAGCAGCCUGGGAGGCCCGGUUCACCUCUGGGGGACAGAGGAGGUUGCUGCCUGGCUGGAGCACCUCAGUCUCUGUGAGUAUAAGGACAUCUUCACGCGACACGACAUCCGGGGCUCCGAGCUCCUGCACCUGGAGCGGAGAGACCUCAAGGACCUCGGCGUGACCAAGGUGGGCCACAUGAAGAGGAUCCUCUAUGGGAUCAAGGAGCUGAGCCGCAGCGCCCCUGCCACCGAGGCCUAGCCUCCGCCUUCUCUGUCUGCAUCCCCUGCCCGUCCUGCAACUGAGGCCUAGGCCGCCGCCCAGCCUUUCUCAUGGUGCUACUCCCUCGGACGGUAACAGGAAGCCUCUGACACCUGUUCCUGACAGUUUGGUUCCAAACACACCAACAACACAGCUACCUUGGAAAUGCCACCUUUCCUGGCUCUGUCACAGCACGGAUAGCACCGUGUCCCAGUCCACAGAGCCCGCUUGUUUUGCAGGGCUCCUCGCUACUCAUUCUGGGUUGGUUAUGUCAGGUGACCACCCUGCUGGCUCUCGGAAGCAUGACCAGUGUGGCCUAUGUGGCCCCACCCCAGAAUGUCCUUGGUGCCUGACAGCCACUGUGGUUCUCCACGGCAGCCCCGCAGGGCAGCCCCUGCUCCUGUCCCAUUUGUUCCAAGGGUUUUUAACACAGCUUGUGCACUUGCCCGGGUUGAGAGCGGCCUGGAUGCGCUUUGGUCCCGUUCUUACCUGCUCUGGGAACUAAAGCACCCACUGCCUGAGAUGGGGAGAGGGGGUGGUGCGGCGACAGGCCUGUUCCUGGUGGGUGCGCCUCCUGAGGUGUGUGCGGGGACAGCUCCUUGUCCCACAGGACUCUGGAAAGCAGCGUGGGGGGACCAGACGGUGGGUCUGGUUGCCACUGGAUAAUGAGCAGGUUCCCAGGCUCAGAAUCUUGGCUAGGGUGGCUUCCCGUCUGCUGCUGCCAGCCCUGUUGUCCCUGUGGGGAACACUCAGGUCCAUGCUGCUGUCCUGCACCUGUGCUGGGCCCGGGCUCCAGUCCUUUCUCCCCAUGCAGGUGCCGUCCUAGCAGCACCUGGAAGGGCACUGUGACUCUGUCAUUGGUGUGACUUGAGGGCUACUGGGCUGUGGCUGCACAGCGGAGGACCACAGUGGUGUGACCCCCAGCCCUUUGCUUGAGUCACCCUGUCUGACAUGCACAGGCCGGGCAGGGAACUGCUAAGGGCUUUGUCCAGAGGUGCAGCAGGGCCAGGUGUAGACCUGGCUGGCUGUGGGAUACCCAACUGGAUUUCCCACCUGCCUGACCCAGGCUGUCCCUACGUGCACCAUUGCCUGUCCCUGUACCUUAUUGGCAACAGGACUUGGUGCAAAUUGGGCAGAGCUACCUCCUGGACCUUGAGUUCAGUGGAAGUGCUUGUAGUGUUGCUGUGUGUGGCUGUCUGCACCACAGUUGCUGUAGGCAGUGAAACCAGCGGCAGGGUAUGGGAGCAGCUCACUGAGGUGAUGCAAGCCUGUGUGCCUGGUACUGCUGGCCCAGUCAGAGGAAGCUCAGACAAGUGGAUGUAAGGGGGAAAGCAAAAGUAAAUCCUCCACGUCCUCUCAGACAGCACUGAGUUUGGGUCAGGGAUAUUAUUUAGAAGCAGUGUUGACAGUUUGUAUAAAAAGACGGUUUAUGUAAAAAGCGCUUAAUUAUGCUAGAGAGAUGUGAAAGGUCCAGUGCAAGCAGUUCAGGACCUGGCAGCUGGGCACAGGCUGCCCUGCAUCCCCAGGGCGCUGCAGGUUGGUGUCCUGUCUGUGGAAGGAGGGCAGCAGGGAGGCCCCUGGGGUCCUGAAGAGGUCUUGUGCCCUGGUGGGUACCCCUCAUAUUUAUACUAAUUUAUAUGGUGACCACCUGGCCACAGACGCCGCGUGUGGAUCUGUACAUAGGCCCGUUGGCAAGCUGUACAUACAUCAUUCUGUGUAUAAAUAAAAUGAGCCUGUUUUUGAUCUUC